CCAACAACAAAAGCCCUGUAUGAAGGUCUGUGGAAGCAACCUUUCCAAAACAAGAUUGCAGAUUUUAUAUGGAAGACAAUACAUGAUGUCAACAAAGGUGGUAAAUACUUCAAACAUUUCAAGCCAGAAGCACAGUAUUGUGCAUGUGGAGAAAUUGAGUCAAUGGAUCAUAUUCUUCACAGAUGUGAAAAAUCAGGACAGUCAAAAGUUUGGAAAAGAAUAGGAAAGCUAUGG